GUCAAUGUCCUUUGUCACUGUUAAGGAAGGGUUUGUGGGAGAGAUUUUAGAGAGAGAAAGAGAGGGAAGUGAGAGAGAGAGAGUUAUCUGAAACGAAAACUGGCAUGUUGUUUUGGAUUUACCAUUUCUUAAAAGUAGAUGAGCAUUUGAUGUGGUUGGUUUGCUCGCUUUUAAUUGCGCUUCACUGAGAGACUCCUGAUAGACUUUUUUCUUGAGAGAGAGAGAAUCAUAAGGAAAAAAAAAAAAAAAAACAGGUCUUUGAAGCUCUGUUCUUGUUCAGGUGUUUUCUUCGAGUCUUUAAUUCUUCAAAAGAAGUAAAGGGUUUGUUUUUCUUCUCUGUUUCGCAUCUGGGCAAGUCUUAUUUUUAGCUCAAAUAUAUUUUUGGGCUCUGAACUGAAGUGGGUUUCUGUGAAUUUUGGGGAUCUGGUGGGUUCUAGGGUUUGAUUAUCUUUCAUCUUCUUUCCCUCUCUUGUUCUUCCAUGGAAGUUGGGUUUUAACCUCAGGAAAUCUGUUUCGCAAAUUGGGUUCUCUUCAUAACUGAUAAUUUACUUUUUUUUAUUCACUUCCAAUUGAAACCUUCUACUGGGUAUUCUCUGAUCUGUAUGUAUCAAGUUUCUUCUUUUGUGUUUUAUCUCAGUCUCUUUCUGGUUUUUUCUUUGAUGGGCUAAAGAAAAACAAAUACUUUUUCUUCUGAGCGAAUUUAUUUAUCAAUUUUUGGUAUAAGAUUUAAGUUGUUUUCAAACGCUAGCUUUGAUGCAUCUUUCACUAUGGAAGCCCAUAUCUCACUGCGCUGCUCUUCUGAUGGACAAAAAGAGCAGCAGCAGAAGAGGCAAAGACGGCUCGGAUUCCGCCACAGAGACGACGAAGAAAAACCAGUCAAUUCUCCGAAAACUCCAAGAGAACAAGCUGAGGGAAGCUCUAGAGGAAGCAUCCGAAGAUGGGUCUCUCUCCAAAUCCCAAGACAUCGAGUCUUCUGAGACCUCCAUGGCCAACCAGGACGAGGCCCUUGGACGGUCACGAUCCCUCGCCAGGCUCAACGCCCAGAAGGAGUUCCUCCGCGCCACCGCCCUCGCCGCCGACCGCACUUUCGGCCCCGAAGACGCCCUCCCUGUCCUCCAUGAAUCCUUCUCCAAGUUCCUCACUAUGUACCCAAAGUACCAGUCCUCUGAAAAGAUUGAUCAGCUGAGGAUGAAUGAGUAUUCUCACUUGUCUCCAAGGGUAUGCCUUGAUUAUUGUGGAUUUGGGCUUUUUUCGCAUCUUCAGACACUUCACUAUUGGGAGUCAUCCACUUUUAGUUUGUCUGAGAUAACUGCUAAUUUGAGUAAUCAUGUACUUUAUGGUGGUGCUGAUAAGGGCACUGUGGAACAUGAUAUAAAGACUAGGAUUAUGGAUUAUUUGAACAUACCGGAGAAUGAGUAUGGCCUUGUUUUUACUGUGAGUAGAGGGUCUGCUUUCAAGUUGUUGGCUGAGUCAUACCCUUUUCACACAAACAAAAAACUCUUGACCAUGUUUGAUUAUGAGAGCCAGUCCGUGAAUUGGAUGGCCCAGAGUGCUAGAGAGAAGGGUGCUAAGGUGUAUAGUGCUUGGUUCAAGUGGCCAACUCUGAAACUCUGCUCCACCGAUUUGCGGAAGCAGAUUUCAAACAAGAAGAGGAGGAAGAAGGAUUCCGCUGCUGGGCUUUUUGUGUUUCCGGUUCAGUCGAGAGUUACGGGGUCUAAGUACUCCUACCAAUGGAUGGCAUUGGCGCAGCAGAACAAUUGGCAUGUCUUGCUUGAUGCGGGCUCGUUGGGGCCUAAGGACAUGGAUUCUCUCGGGUUGUCGCUUUUCAGGCCGGAUUUCAUCAUCACGUCGUUUUACAGAGUUUUUGGAUACGACCCGACUGGAUUUGGAUGCCUUCUGAUCAAGAAAUCGGUGAUGGGAAGCCUUCAAAAUCAGUCCGGGUGUACUGGCUCUGGAAUGGUGAAGAUUACCCCUGAGUUUCCUAUGUAUCUGAGUGAUUCUGUAGAUGGUUUGGACAAAUUGGUUGGAAUCGAAGACGAAGAUGUAGCUGUAAAUGGCGAGAAGGCCUCUGAAGCUCGCCCGGGGUCACAGUUGCCUGCCUUUUCUGGCGCUUUCACUUCUGCUCAGGUGAGGGAUGUGUUUGAGACUGAGAUGGAUCAAGAUAACAGUUCUGAGCGAGAUGGAACAAGCACCAUUUUUGAAGAAGCCGAGAGUAUUUCAGUUGGCGAGGUAAUGAAAAGCCCGGUUUUCAGUGAAGAUGAGUCGUCAGACAAUUCAUUUUGGAUUGAUUUGGGGCAGAGCCCACUAGGGUCUGAUUAUGCAGGCCAGACGAACAAACAGAAGAUUGCUUCUCCCUUGCCACCAUAUUGGUUUACUGGGAGGAAAAAUAAUAAACGAAUUUCUCCUAAACCUACAACCAAGUUAUAUGGCAGCCCACUAUAUGAUGAAAAAAAUGGGCCACAUGAACUGGGGCAUGUGAUAUCGUUUGAUGCUGCUGUCUUGUCAGUUUCGCAGGAACUGGACCGCGUUAAAGAAGUACCAGAAGAAGAGCAAUUUGGAGAAACGAGUCCCCCUCUACAAAAUGGUAAAAAUUCUUUGAAUCAUCUGCAUAGCGGAGAGAUCCAAGAAGAACCUGGAGUAAGUGGACCACUCCCUACUGGGUAUGCGUUGAAUUUUGGUGCGAAUGGUUCUCGCCUCAACGAUUUCACUUCCACAUCUCGGCAUCACGGUCUGGAGAAUGGCACAACCUCUGAGAUUUGCUCGGAUGUGAAGGAGAGUGCCAUAAGAAGAGAAACGGAAGGUGAGUUCAGGUUGUUAGGGAGAAGGGAAGGGAGUAGAUAUGCUGGUGGUAGAUUUUUCGGUUUGGAAGAUAAUGAACUUCCGAGCAGGGGAAGAAGGGUGUCAUUUAGCACGGAAGAACACCGUAAAGAGCGAGUAAGCCAUAAUGUGGAGACCGGAGAAGUAUCUGUUACGAGCUUGGAGGAUGACGACUACAGCAGUGAUGGAGAAUACGGUAAUGGGCAAGACUGGGAUAGGAGGGAACCGGAGAUAAUAUGCCGCCAUCUCGAUCACAUUAACCUGUUGGGUCUCAAUAAAACCACUCUGAGACUACGGUUCUUGAUCAAUUGGCUGGUGACCUCAUUGCUGCAACUGAAACUACCUGGUGCAGAAGCCUAUCUUGUCUACAUCUAUGGGCCGAAAAUCAAAUACGAAAGAGGAGCGGCUGUGGCUUUCAAUCUCAGAGACAGAAAUGGAGGGCUAAUCAACCCAGAAGCAGUUCAGAAGCUGGCUGAGAAAGAAGGCAUCUCUUUAGGCAUUGGUUUCCUUAGUCACAUACGAAUUGUAGAUAAUCCGAAGCAGCAACAAGGAGCUUUGAGUCUUCAGGACAGUACACUGUUCAGGCCGAUGGAAAACGGCAGGAACGACAGAAAAAGUGGGUUCAUAAGGAUCGAGGUUGUCACGGCUUCUUUGGGUUUUCUUACCAACUUUGAGGAUGUUUAUAGAUUGUGGGCGUUUGUGGCUAAGUUUCUUAAUCCAGUCUUUAUCAGAGAGGGUGAACUGCCAACGGUUGAUGAAGAAUCUGAGACAUAAAACCCGGAAACGGCUAAUUUAUGUUUCUCUUUGAAGAAAGAUUCUGCUGGAGUCGGAAAUAUUAUUUGGAGGGUAUCUCAGGGCCAAGGCAGAAAGUGACGAAGGAACGGGGGUGUGAACAUCCGCAUGGCUGUUUCUCUUGCUCAUGCUUCACAUUCUUCUUUGCUGCGGAUGAUUUGUUAAUUCAUGUUAUUGCUUGGAUUUUUUUCCCCACUUUUUUCCCUUUUGGAUCUUUGUAGAGUUGGCAUUAGAAAUUUGUAUCAUCUUGGGAAAUCAUGAUAAACUAAA